AGCACAGUAUAUACUCACAUGGCUGCGCAGCUUGUUUAGCUGCAAUAAAAUAAAAAAAUGAGCAAGUAAAUGUCGAGUAAAGAGUGACGAUAUACAGUGUAGUGAAUCAUCAAGCAUGUGAAUAAAGUGACGAUAAGCGUCGCCAUUGGCAAAGCGCUCGAAUCGCCUUUAUAAUAUGAGCGAUGAGCGGUUUGGAUAUCGAAGAGGCUAACCCUGCCUCUUAAAUUUAUAGCAAGAAUCGAAGUUGUGAAAUCCAAAAUGCCUCGUUGUUUAAUGGCUAAAAAGUGGAAGGCCUACCCGUGGCCCGAUCGUGUCGAUGACGAAGCGAUUCAAGUGCUGGAUUCACUUCCGGCUGCGUCACAGCAUCAAGACCUUAUAGUGCUAACAAUGCAAACGGAUGAUGAAGAAAUCGAUGUUGUCGGCGAUGCAGACCCGUCUAAGUCAAAUCAACAGCAGCAACAGCAACAGCAACCUUGCUGGGAGCCACACAGCCCCACGGCUGGCGCCACUGCACCUAGUCCUCCGCCACUUAAUGCUUCUGGGGCACUUUACUACCAUGGUUACACACAAGAGACGUGGUUAAAUCACGAGGAGCCGCCCAAGUACGUAACACUACGAUCGGCUGCCGAGCUCGCUCGAUCUACGCACUCGACAGCAGCUACAGGAGCGCCGAUAUCGCAAAAGCAACAAGAUGAUAAACACGAGUCACCCACAGAACAGCAAGUCUUACCACAUCGUAAAAGUCUUUCAAUGUGCUUCACCAGCAGUGGUACAGCUCUUUCGCUGCCACCAAAGAAAAAGGAUAUUUACAGACCUUAUAGUUUACCGCAAACUAAGGAGAUCCGAACCGCGGCGGAAGAAGACCUUACGGCGGCUCAGGCUAUCCUCGACCUCAGUGCUUCACCCGCAGCGCCUUCGCACUCAGUUUAUAUUCAUACAUUAUCGGGCCCACUGUUGCCUAAUACAGCUGCACCUCUACCGACGCCAGCACCACCACCACCACCACCACCACCACCACCGUCACUACCGCCACAACAAAAUUCCACAUCCAUCCCUGUUUCGGUCUUGGUGCCAAUUUCCAAAGUUCAAAAAUCUCAGUCGCAGCCUAGAUCGCCAGCAACAGCCGAGGCCCAGUCAUCGGUUGGCGCGGGUAAAAGCAAGACUAUCGCCUAUACAUACGAAGCUUUUUUUGUAUCGGACGGGCGCUCGAAACGCCGCGUCGGGCAGGCAGCAGCGUUGCCCGAUCGCGAAGCCGCCGCAGUCGUGUCUGUUCCGGUCCUAACGGCGCAAGCCGAAAGACCCAAGUUCACUUGCGCCGAAUGCGGCAAGCAGUACGCGACAUCGUCCAACUUGUCUCGGCACAAACAGACGCACCGCAGCCUGGACUCGCAGUCGGCGAAAAAGUGCAUCCACUGCGGCAAGGCGUACGUGAGCAUGCCGGCACUGGCGAUGCACGUGCUGACCCAUAAAUUAUCUCACAGUUGUGGCAUCUGCGGCAAGAUGUUCUCGCGGCCGUGGCUGCUGCAGGGCCACUUGCGCUCUCACACCGGUGAAAAGCCUUACGGUUGUGCUCACUGCGGCAAGGCCUUCGCCGACCGGUCUAAUCUACGCGCUCACAUGCAGACCCACUCGGCCGAUAAAAAUUACGAGUGCGGACGCUGUCACAAAAGCUUCGCCCUCAAAUCCUAUCUCAACAAGCACCUCGAGUCGGCCUGUCUGCGCGACGACGAUCCACCUGUCCAGCCAGAUUUACAGCAACUUCUAGUCAAUAGGGGCCUCUAGCCGAGCUCCACCGUAGUCAUUAAUUUAGCGACUAGUUAACUACUAAUUUGCGCUUAAGGUACUGUAGCGCAUCACACGCGGCGCAAAGUGCAAAUGUAUAUCGAUAGUUGACAGUCCUACCUUGAAUCCUGGAGCACAUACUCACGAGCGUUUACGUGCGUAUAAAGUAAAAACAGUUGGAUUGUGCAAUGCGCAAGACUUCUGAGGUAGAUUAAGUAGAAAAGUGCCAGUACCACGUAGAUACAACUUACGAAACGUCCAAUAAGUUUAAGCAAUAUACUUUCGCGCCAGAAAAGUUAAAUACGAUAAGCAACAUCGAGCAAUAAAUGCCCACGCUGUAAUCUAGUCAUUCUAGUCGAAAUUUAUUCGUUCAAAAACAUGAAAUGUUAAGAAAAUAUAUAUAUACAUAGAUGUAGAAGUAUUAAAAAAUAAAAUAUAUAUAUACACAUGCAGCAUUACGUUUGUAAUGGAUUAAGUAUAUUUAUAUCGUAUAAGCAUGAUAAAAACUUAAGUAAGUGAAAAUGAACUAUAGCAUAUAAUAAAGUAGGCGCGAGUAUGCCUGUAAAACGAAAUGAAAGAAUACAUCACGAGCCAAAGGCCAGGGUUGUAACAAGUUUCGCUAAAAAUUAUAUUCAUGAAAAUUGCUUACAAUAUUUUAGAGCACAAGAGCCUGUAAGUAGCAGCAAAAUUGGGUUCUUUUAACUUAGUGCUGCGAAAAUUAGACACCAUGCUGAGUUCUAGCCAAGUACUAAAGUAGAUGCUAUUGGUGAAGUUAACUUCAUUACAAUUUUUGCGACUUUUUUUGCAGAAUAUGAUAAGUUUGAAAAUAUGCCAUUUAUAAAUCGUACGAAAGCAUUACCAAAGCAGUCAAAAUUUAAAGCUACAUGUUUACAGUCAUCAGUGAUGAGAUGCAACUUAGUAAGAUGUAUCCAACAUCAUUCUGUUAAUAUAAUAGAUUAGUAUUGUAGUGCCUUAAUGGACGUAUAAGGCAUUGUGAAUUUCUGUAAAAUCCGCGUAGACAGCUAUAUUUAUAAUUCUUAGCGAAUAAAUAAUCAAAACUCUUGUGAUCCACUGUUGAACAUCAAUCUCAUAUUGAAAAAUUAGUGAUAUGAAUUCAAUUGUUUACCGUCGUAAAAUAUAAGGAAUUCAGAAAUUCAGUUAUACAUUUUUGUGCAUUAUAAAAUAAUGAUUGAGUUGCCAUUCAUCUAGAAAUGAUUAGUGAGUACGUGAAAAAUAGGAUUCAAAUACAUACGAACUAAAAAGCAAUGUUUCGACACAACGAAUUAACAAUAAUUAAUAGUUAUUGACCAAUAAUUAAUGGUAAAUUCUUGUCCCGAUAUAAAAAGAAUUUAAUAUUAUCACGUCAUUUAAUUAUAAUCACAUCUACAGUUAAAUAUUAAAUUCAUUAUAAUGCAUAAUGAAUCAUAAAUUUAGCAACAAUGAAAUAAUGCACCUGGAUAGAAAUCCACGGAUUUUUUCAACCAAAACAUCCAAUGUUAAAAUUUGACUAGCGUGAAAUGGAAUAUAAAAAUUUCCGUUAUUCUAAAUGCAUACUCAAAAUUGAUCUGAGCAGUGGACAGUGCGAUUAUGGUUUAGUUAUUAAUAACUUAUAACGCAGUAUGUACUCAUUCGUAUUAUCGUGGAAUAAUCGAAGUAAUUUUACGAUUUUUAUCGAUACAGCAAUUAGUAUGUGAAAAAUAUUCAUAAAUAUUUUCUAAUAUACAAAGAGACUGUAGAAGAAAUAAUUCAUGCAUACAUACUAGAAUAGCAGCAAGUGAAAUAUAUAUUAACCUUCAUAAGAUUUACUGAAAUAACGUAUUGGUAGUAACUAUUGUAUUUGAAAAAAUUUAGUUAUAAGUGCUUGUGCAAAAUCGGUCGACAACCCUUAAAAUAUGUAAAGGAGCGACUUUUUAUCGAACAAAAAAUGACUUUUAGUACAUGGUAUUAUCGUGUACUAACGCAUCACGUCCUAUAUUAAACAAAAAAUCUAAUUAACAUCGGCACAUAUAUAAGUUUUAUAAUUCUACAAGCAACGAAAAGAAUUUUUGAUAUUCAGGCCUUAAUAUUCUUCCUGCGCGUUUAUAUUAUAUGUUUCAAAUCACAUUGUGCCAGUUUUUAUAUCAUGUAAAUAUUAGAGUUGAAGCGUUAUGAAGUUGUUUAUUUAAAUUUAAAAGUAUGAAUAUGGCUCACAUUAAAUGGCAUUUUACUCGAAAAAGUUUGAAUUUACUGUUCUCUUAAAAAAGGGGGUCAUUGUUUAUUGAUAGAAAUAAGCAACUAAUAACAAAUACUUGUGUUAAUCAGGCAAGUAAAUCGCAGUUUAAAGCUCUUGCUCAAAAAAGUACAUGUUAGAGUUCAAAGUCUAAUUCAAGGCUGAAAAUGCUUGGUUAAUUAAAAUUACCUUUUUUUGCUACAAUACAUUUAUCAUGUGAAUGUUUUCCUCAAAUUAAAUUGAUAAUACAUUUUUUCUAAGAAAACUUGAAAUGAUUGCCUAAAGCUUGUCUUUAGUUUUAGGUAUCGAGUAGUCAACUUGAGCCAGACGAUUUUUUGAAUUGAACAUAUUACUUAUUAUGGCACUAAAUAUUUCGUAAACUCAGUAACCGAAUAAAAAACUAUUAAAUUAUAAAUGAAAAGAAGUCAAUGAUACAAUGUUAGGCUUUGAGAAAAUUAAUUUAUAAAUGAUGUUUACCUUGUGAUCGAUAAGUUAACAAUUUGUUGAGUGCAACGACAGAAGGUCAAUUGUUAAAUUAACAAAAUUCUCCGCAAAUACUUUCAAAUAAUUUAAGUGUAGUCAAAAUCCAAUCUUAAUUUCAUGGUCAAGUACAACUGCAAUGUCAAAGAUUUGCGAAUUUCCUAUUCUGUCGAUCGUCAAUUUGAUCUAGUCAACUUAAUGGGCUGUAUGUUAUUAUAUUUUGAUUAUUAUUUUUUCAUCAGUUUUAAUGAACUAAACAAUAACAUUCUAUAAUUUACGAUAAGACAACAGAAAAAUAGCAACAAAGUUUCAUGGUUUAAAUUAGAAAGCUGUAAAAUAAUCGAUCAUAAAACUUUGGCAUUUCGAUUGCUUUCUAUGCCAAAUUAUCUAGAUUAUUAAAGUUUCACAGGAAGUCAAAUUUUCUGAAAUUUCAAUAUUAUCCUAUUACAUGUUUGAUUGCGCCUGAGACAUUUAGGAAUAAAAUCUAAAUCGGCUGAUCAUAUAAUAAUUCUAUCUAAUUUUAUAUGGAAAUCAUCGAUUCGUAUACUUUACAAAUAUCAAGUUGGUCUGAUUUAAGUAAAAACUAUCGUGAAUCAUGUUAAUGCAACGAUUUCAUCAACGAGGAUUUUGUAUCUGUAAUAACAGAAUGAAAUAAUUUUAAAAACUGUAGUGAAAUAUUACUUAAUGUAAACUGUGACUUUUAUUUGUAUGCGAAUCAAAUAUUUAAAAAAUACAUAUAUCCUACUGAAGGAGGCUCCGUCAUUAAGAGUUUCUAGGCAAAAAACUAUUGAAACUGAUGGAUUUUAAUACUACACAUUAAAUGAUACAACCCUAAUGCGCAAAGAUCUUCCAAUAUCUUGAAAAAAGGAGUUAGAAGAUUGAAUGCUUAUAUAACGGGAACCGCCCAGAAGCGAAUUGUAUAUCAUGUUAAUCAGAUAUAUAUGACUUGUAAAAAAAUUUCUUUUCUGCAAAAAGUGUCCCAAAAAUCGGAAAAGCAUUUAUUUUCUUAAUAUUUUCUUAUUAAAUGAUACAACAACGAGCCUUUCUAUACAUUCGGGUAUGAGCAAAUGACAAGCAAUUUAACCUUGCCCAUGUUAUUUCUUAAACAUGCAUUUGACAAGCGGUAUAUAUAAAAAUGACGGAGUCUCCGUAAAUGUAAAAUAAAGAUUAAAAAUAACUGAAAAAAAUGAAGUGACUUUUGCUCUUUAAUGUUAUUAAAAGAGAGUGGUGAGAAUAUAAUGCUUUCAAAUAAAUUUUUCGUCCAAAGAAAUAAUACUUAAAUUCAAUUGCACGAAUUUUUAAUGCUAUGAGAUUGAAAAAAAUAUAUAGAAAACAGUAAGCAAUAAAAAAAGUUUGAAUACUCUAAAAUGCUUUUAAUGUAUAUUUUAUAAGCAUACUGACAUGAAAUAGAAACUUAUUAUAUUAUGGUUUAUUUAAGAUCGUAUUAAAAUAUUUAAUUGUAUGUCAUAAAACUUUCGACACAUACAAAAUUUAGAUGUACUAAAACAUUUAUAGGGUAAAUUUGAUAAUAAUGAAAUUAUAACAUCGACGUGGUGAAUAAAAUUCAUCGAAAAUCCUUUUUACUUUGUAGAAA